CACUGUGUUACAUAGGACCGCAGGAGAUAUCUACUACAUUAUCUGUAAAAAGUAACCCACGCUAUGCCACUGCACGUGGCACAGUGGGUUCACACCCACUGGUUCAUGACAAUGUGAUAGGGAAGUCUCAAGCAUCAUACAGCACUGAGCUUGGAAGGACGAGGACAGGACGCAGCUUGUUGAGAGCUGGUGCAGCGGUUGCCUGUGGACUUAACCCUAUCUGGGAGAUGGAACCUAAAAGGGGAGGUCUGACGUGUUCCCUGGCCUUCUCGGUACUGGUGGCGGCCAUUGGAUCCCUGCAGUUUGGAUACAACUCAGGAGUGAUCAACGCUCCCGAACAGAUCAUCAAGUCCUUCUAUAAUGACACCUACAUCCACCGCUACAAUAUACCCAUGUCGCCUAGCAUGCUCACCUCCCUGUGGUCGCUCUCCGUGGCCAUAUUUUCCGUUGGGGGAAUGUUUGGAUCUCUCUCUGUUGGAUUCUUUGCAAACCGCUUUGGCAGGAGGAAUUCCAUGCUGUUGGUCAAUGUCGCCGCCCUGGUAGGAGGAGCGCUUAUGGCUCUCUCGAAGAUUGCUUGGUCCUUUGAGAUGCUUAUUAUUGGGAGAUUCAUCAUUGGGAUCUUCUCUGGAUUCUGCACUGGUCUGGUUCCUAUGUAUAUUGGAGAACUGGCACCCACUGUUUACCGAGGAGCUCUGGGGACACUAAACCAGCUUGGCAUCGUAGUCGGAAUAUUGAUAGCACAGAUUUUUGGUCUGGAAGUGAUCUUAGGUUCUAGCACAUACUGGCCACUCUUACUAGGGAUCACAGUUUUCCUGUCGGUCAUCCAGUGUAUACUGUUACCAUUCUGCCCGAAAAGUCCCCGAUAUCUACUUAUUAUGAAGAAGGAGCCUGAAAGAGCUGAGAAGAUUCUACAGAAAGUUCGAGGAACUCAUGAUGUGACCGCUGAUAUUGAAGAGAUGAAGGAAGAAGGUGAACGCAUGGCACAGGAGAAACCUGUGUCCUUUAUAGAACUGUUCCGUUCUAGACAGUAUCGGCAACCCAUUAUCAUCUCCAUCGUUCUGCAGCUUUCACAGCAGCUAUCUGGCAUCAAUGCUGUCUUUUACUAUUCCACAAGUAUCUUCACAAAAGCAAAAGUCCCUAAUCCAAUUUAUGCAACCAUUGGUGCAGGUGUGGUCAACACUGUUUUCACGGUGGUAUCGCUCUUGGUUGUAGAACGUGCUGGACGUCGGACUCUGCACCUCGUUGGUCUUGGUGGAAUGGCCGUGUUUGCACUAAUAUUGACAAUUGCCCUGAAACUAAUCGACAUUGCCAUGGGAUGGAGCUACGUCAGCAUCGUGGCAAUUUAUCUGUUUGUGGCUUUUUUUGAGAUCGGCCCAGGACCCAUUCCUUGGUUCAUUGUAGCUGAGCUCUUCAGUCAAGGUCCUCGGCCAGCCGCCAUGGCGGUAUCUGGAUGCUCCAACUGGACAGCCAACUUUCUAGUGGGCAUGUUGUUUCCCUAUGCAGCGGAGGGAUGUGGCCCCUAUGUCUUCCUCAUUUUCAUGGGUCUGUUGAUUAUCUUCUUCAUCUUCACUUUGUUCAAAGUCCCCGAGACAAAGGGCCGGACAUUUGAAGAAAUUUCCAAGGGCUUCCAGGAUAAAAGCCAUUUAAAACCUGUCGCCAAGCGUAACAGUGUAGAACUUACAGGAGUCAAGGCCCAGGAUCCAAUAGGAUAAACACAACAGGAUCAAUGGUCCCUCUAGCUCUACCUCCUCUCUGCAGAACAUUUACUCUGUAGACCAUUCAUGGACUGGGACAUCUCAAGAGGUUUUUUUUUUUGCUUGCUAAGGAUAAAAACUCAUACUAUAAAGAAAGAAAAAAAAAUGAUUCCCAAGAAAAACUGAUUUAUCAUUGUCUAAAACAGGACAGAGACCUGCGGAGCACGUAAAAAUUGACCAGUUUCUGAAAUCGCCAAAUGUAAAUAUUAUCAUUGUCUAAAACAGGACAGAGACCCGCGGAGCCUGUAAAAAUUGACCAGUUUCUGAAAUCGCCAAAUGUAAAUACAAGGACAGUACUAAAAUAGAAGCAGGAUGUAAUAAAAAAAAUAAAAAAGGGAUCUAGACCCGAUGAGGUAGCGGAUGAUCACUCUCAGGAUGGAGCGGAGGAUGGUGAUAUUCCUAUGGUGGAUCCCUCUCCAUUAGUGGAAAUUCUAGCCACGGUCAAAAAUAAUGGAAAGGUGAUACAAGAUAUUGUUACUAAGAUGCGAGACAGAGUUACUGCCAUCGAAAAGUCUGUGGGCUCCCUGGAACAUGAAACAAAAGCUUUAAAAACUGAAAUUGCCAUCUUGAAAACGGAUUAUAAUAAUCUACAGAAAAAAGUUGUGGACUUGGAAGACAGGUCGGGACGAUCUAAUGUGAGAAUUCUGGGGCUUCCUGAGGGUGCAAAAUAAAAAAAAUCCUGGCGGAAUGAUACAGUCCUUGAUCCUUGAAAACUUUGGAAAGGAGCACUUCUCGCCAUCGGAUUCCCGGGGGUAAACCAACUCCCGGGUAGCAGCCACGUGUACUCCUGGCAAAGAUUCUUGUUUCUCGGGAUAGAGACGUGAUCCUAAAGAGGGCUAGGGAGUGUUCCCCUAUUUUAAAUUAGCAAAUUGUCCUUCUUUCCGGAAAGAGAUUCAUGAAAAGAGACUGAGUUUUUUUGCUGUAAAAAAGCGUCUACAGGGCAAAGAUAUUAAGUACUCUUUCCUGUAUCCAGCUAAAUUCCAGAUUAUUUUUAAUGGAGCCAUACUCCGGCCCUUGUUACGGACUGGUUGGACCGGAAUAAUCUUUAAGCAGUGGCGUGUUAUAUAUUUUUUGUUAUUUUUUCUCAGUAUUUCUGGUGGGGGCAGGAUUAGGACAGGGGGAGGGAUGGUCUAGGUAGAGAGGUCUGC